AGGUGCCGCUAUAACCAGAGUUUGGUAGAAAAGGGAUCUAUUUAUUGGAGGCCUCUUGAUAUAGAAAGAGAUGUGGGGGGAUUCUCGAUCUGCUAACAGAACAGGACCUUUUCGUGGGAGCCAAGAAGAAAGGUUUGCUCCCGGGUGGAACAGGGAUUAUCCUCCUCCUCCCCUUAAGAGUCAUGCUCAAGAGAGACACUCUGGCAACUUUCCUGGCAGAGAUUCACUUCCCUUUGAUUUCCAGGGGCAUUCGGGGCCUCCCUUUGCAAAUGUGGAGGAACAUUCUUUCAGCUAUGGAGCUAGAGACGGACCACAUGGUGACUAUCGGGGAGGGGAGGGUCCUGGACAUGAUUUUAGAGGGGGAGAUUUUUCAUCUUCUGAUUUCCAGAGUAGGGAUUCAUCACAGUUGGACUUCAGGGGUAGGGACAUACAUGCUGGGGAUUUUCGGGAUAGAGAGGGCCCAUCUAUGGACUACAGGGGUGGGGAUGGUACUUCUAUGGAUUAUAGAGGUAGGGAGACAUCUCAUAUGAACUACAGAGACAGGGAUGCUCACACUAUUGACUUCAGAGGUAGAGAUGCUCCUUCUUCAGACUUCAGGGGUCGAGGUGCUUAUGAUUUAGAUUUUAGAGGCCGGGAUGGAUCCCAUGCAGAUUUUAGGGGAAGAGAUUUAUCAGAUUUGGAUUUCAGGGCCAGAGAUCAGUCCCGCUCAGAUUUUAGGAAUAGAGAUGUAUCUGAUUUGGACUUUAGGGACAAAGAAGGAACACAGGUGGACUUUAGAGGCCGAGGUUCAGGUGCUGCUGAUCUAGACUUUAGGGGCAGGGACACCUCACAUUCAGAUUUCAGAAAUAGGCAUCGGUCCAGGACUGAUCAGGAUUUUAGGGGCAGAGAGGUGGGACCUUGUAUGGAAUUUAAAGAUAGGGAGUUGCCCCCUGUGGAUCCAAAUAUUUUGGAUUACAUUCAGCCCUCUACACAAGAUAGAGAACAUUCUGGUGUGAAUGUGAACAAGAGAGAAGAAUCCACACAUGACCAUAUAAUAGAAAGGCCUGCUUUUGGCAUUCAGAAGGGAGAAUUUGAGCAUUCAGAAACAAGAGAAGGAGAAACACAAGGUGCAGCUUUUGAACAUGAGUUGCCAUCAGACUUUCAGAACAGCCAAAGUCCACUUCAAGACCAAGAUAAGUCACAGCUUUCUGGAGUUGAACAACGAAGUUCAGAUGCUGGUCUGUUUAAAGAAGAAAGUAGUUUGGACUUUCUUGGCCGUCAAGACACUGAUUAUAGAAGCAUGGAGUACCGUGAUGUGGACCACAGACUGCCAGGAAGCCAGAUAUAUGGCUAUGGCCAGAACAAGUCUUUCGUAGAGGGCAAAACUGCCCGAGAUGCCCAACGAGAACUUCAGGAUCAAGAUUACAGGACUGGCCCAAGUGAAGAGAAACCAAGCAGGCGUAUUCAGUUAAACGGGGUGCCUGAGAACACCACAAAGGAAGAGAUUCUUAAUGCCUUUAGGACUCCUGAUGGCAUGCCUAUAAAGGAUUUGCAGUUUAAGGAGUAUACCACAGGUUACGACUAUGGCUAUGUCUGCGUGGAGUUUUCACUCUUGGAAGAUGCCAUCGGAUGCAUGGAGGCCAACCAGGGGACUCUAAUGAUCCAUGACAAAGAGGUCACUCUUGAAUACGUACCAAGCCCGGAUUUUUGGUACUGCAAGCGGUGUAAGGCCAAUACUAGUGGACACAGAUCUUCAUGCUCAUUCUGCAAGGGUCCAAGGGAAG